UGCUCACUGGCGCGCUGGCUAGGAGGUCUUGUCCCGGCCUAACCAGUGCCUUCUGAGUCGCCGUAGCGUUUGCUUGCUCGGCGGGUUGGUGAGGAAUGGAGGUAGUGGGUGGCUGUAGUGAUCGCGGUGGUGUAGAUCGCCAAGGCUCCUCCGCGGACCCACAGAGCACCUUUGUGUUGGGUAACCUAGCGGAGGUGGUGGAGCGUGUCCUCACCUUCCUGCCCGCCAAGGCGUUGCUGCGGGUGGCCGGCGUGUGCCGCUUAUGGAGGGAGUGUGUUCGUCGGGUGUUGCGGACGCACCGGAGUGUGACGUGGAUCUCCGCGGGCUCCGCGGAUGCUGGCCACUUGGAGGAGCAUUGCUUGGUCCGCGUGGUAGCUGAGGAGCUUGAGCAGAAUGUUCACAUCUUACCACAGACUGUUCUUUACAUGGCUGAUUCAGAAACUUUCAUUAGUCUAGAAGAGUGUCGUGGCCACAAGAGAGCAAGGAAAAGAACUACUAUGGAAGGAGCAUUUGCCCUUGAGAAGCUAUUCCCGAAACAAUGCCAAAUCCUUGGGAUUGUGACGCCAGGAAUUGUAGUGACUCCAAUGGGAUCAGGUAACAAUCGACCUCAGGAAAUAGAAAUUGGAGAGUCCGGUUUUGCUCUGUUAUUUCCUCAAAUUGAAGGAAUAAAAAUACAACCCUUUCAUUUUAUUAAGGACCCAAAGAAUUUAACACUAGAAAGACAUCAACUCACUGAAGUAGGUCUUUUAGAUAACCCUGAGCUUCGUGUGGUCCUGGUAUUUGGCUAUAAUUGCUGUAAGGUGGGAGCCAGUAAUUAUCUGCAGCGAGUAGUCAGCACUUUCAGUGAUAUGAAUGUCAUCUUGGCUGGAGGCCAAGUAGACAACCUGGCGUCACUGACCUCUGACAAAAACCCUCUGGACAUUGAUGCCACUGGUGUGGUUGGACUGUCGUUUAGUGGACACCGAAUCCAGAGUGCCACCGUGCUUCUCAACGAGGAGGUCAAUGACGAGAAGACUGCUGAGGCUGCGAUGCAGCGUCUCAAAGCUGCCAGCAUCCCGGAACGGAAUACCAUUGGCUUCAUGUUUGCAUGUGUUGGCAGGGGUUUUCAGUAUUACAGAGCCAAGGGGAAUGUUGAGGCUGAUGCGUUCAGAAAGUUUUUUCCUAAUGUUCCUUUAUUUGGCUUCUUUGGAAAUGGAGAAAUUGGAUGUGAUCGCAUAGUCACUGGGAACUUCAUAUUGAAGAAAUGUAACGAGAUGAAGGAUGAUGAUCUUUUUCACAGCUAUACAACAAUAAUGGCACUGAUUCAUCUGGGGUCAUCUAAAUGAAGCCACCUGUAAAGUGGCUUUUACAAUAUAAAACUUUUGGGCUCUGCCUUUCCUAGAAAUGGAAAUUGGGAUGUGUGUAUUUCAGAAAACAAAAUAGUAACUUUAUAUGUAUCAGUUUUAUAGCUUUGACUCUAAAGACUAUUUCAGGGGUAGUUUUUAAUAAAUUAGAUGGACAACUUUAUACCUAACAUAUUGCAAGCAGAAUUGAGAUCUUUUGCGCCAAACAGAUUAUGGCUAUAUGUGCUGGAUUUUGUAGCUGCUAUAUAAUGUGAUUUAAAUAGUCUUCUGCAUAGGAAGAUUGAAAGAGGAUUCACCAAUAGGAUGGAGCUUUAAGACAUUCCAUGACUACCUCUGAACUGUUAGCUCUUUUAGCAAAAUCACACAGACAUUUUUUUCUCUCUUAAGGAGAAACAUGCAUGGAUAGCUUGGGAAAUCCUUCUCUGCUUUACAGUUUUACUGAUUUUUUUUUUAGAAGCUGUAACAAAAUUAUUACUUUUUACUUAUUUGACAAAAAUUAAAGAACUGUUUUUGUUCUAGUACCCCGAAAUUGCUUAGUCCAAUAAAUUGCCAACACUAAUCAGUAUUUUAUUACAAUAUAAGGAAAAAAAAUUCAUUUUCCCUCAAUGAAGGAAUUGUAAGAGAAAAAUCCUUUUCACCUAAUUCUAUAUAAAACUGGCAGACCAGACAAUUACAUCACCUUAUUUUGGUUUUAUACCAAUAAAAUGUACCUUGGAAACUCACUCAUUGUUUUGUACAUGAUUGCUUUUGGUGAGUGAAUGAUGGAAGUAAACUAAUACUUUAGAAAAGAAAGUCCAGAAUGGUAGUCAGCUAGUAAAUCCUGCUGUAUUCCCAGAAUGACAUUUUUAAGUUCAUAUUUCUAAUUAUACUAAUAUAUAAAUGAGAUAUGUUCCAAGAACACCAAUUUUCCUCAGUGACCUUUCUUCAUAUAGUGAUAGAACCUUUGAUUUCAGGCAGGUACAUGGCUGCCAUAACAAAGACAUUUUCCAUUCUCUCUUGGCAUUGACUGUUGUGGCCAAUGAAAUGUAAGAAGUGACAGGAGUCAUUCAAAAUGGCAUGGCAAUUUUUUGCCCUUUCUCAAGCUUGUUGCUUGGAAGUGUUCUGGUAGCGAGCCAUCCUGGACUCUCCAGAAGAGGUAACACUAUUGAGGAAGAGAACCAUACAGAAGGAUCCCAGGGGUGCAGUGCAAUUUUGUUGAAGUGCUACCAUAAGUGGCCUAGAUUACCCAUCUCCAGGCUGUUUUAUAAGGUUGAAAUUAACAUCAAUCCAACCUCAGCCAGUGUUUUUCCCCCCAGUGCUAAGUUACAACAGAUGUUUAUAUUAGCAUAUUCUAAUACAGUAUAACUAAUAUAUGGCACUUUUGUAUUCAUUCAUGGUUCUGACAGAACAGUAGAAAACUUGCAAGGUAAGUGAAAUCAAAUGUAUUAACCUUCCUGCUUUUCUAUUUGUAGUCCCUUUCCUCACAGUCUUUAUGUUAAAAGGUUUUUCUCUUGCUGUUUAUAUUAUAUGAUAACAAUACUUAAAUGUUCAUUUUACGGUUAUCCUAAAUCUUAGUUUCUGAAGAAAGUCCAAAGAAAAGUUUUCAAACUUUUUAUCAGUGAAUAUUAAUAUUUAGCUUUUAUUGAGUUAUUAAGCGUUCCUAUUAUAUUGGUUACCCAUUAUCAAAUAGGCAGUAUUCAAAAUGCACAUCUUUAGAUAUGCUUACCUAACACAAAGAAAAUACUUGGUAAAUUUUCUUUCUCCUUGAUUUUAACAAGAGUUGGUUGAAUAAUAGAGGAGAAAAGAUUUGAAAAAUUAAAAAUAUGAACAAAAUGA